AUGUCAUCAUCUAUGAGUGUUAAUGCACUCAUAGGUAAACAAGAUGAUCCACCAUCCUCCUCUUCAAGACAAGAAGGACAACAACAAACUUCAACUCAGCAAUUACUACAAACUCCAAUCAUACCGCAUCCUCAAUCUACUCCAGUACAAUCAUUCCCUGAAUCAACUCCAAAUAAAGAUCCAAUAUCUGUAACUACUCCACUGUCAACAAUUAAGAAUAUAGAUCACACAGGUUUAUUAUCUGUCUUAGGACCAGAAGUCUCACAUUUUCCUUAUUCAGAACAAUCAUAUAUUGAGUUAGUUAAAUUUAAAAUCGAACAGGAAAGAACUAAGCAAGAUUACUAUAAAGUUGAAAUUGCAAAUAAAAAUCUAUCGAUCAUUGAAACAAGUUUGAAAGCUCAGAUACCCUUAAAUUUAAUCCCUCUAAUGUGUGUGGGGAAUCAGACAGUUAUAGAUAUUCAACUGCUUCAAUCACAAACUCAACAACCCCUUCAGACUCAAGGCCAAUCUCUGUCUCAAAUUCAAGCUCAAAUUCAAGCUCAAACUCAACAACAACCCCAAUAUAUACAAGUACAUACACAACCAACAACAUUACAGACAACAACUCAACAACAACUUGGGCAACCAAUUCGUCUUCAAACCAUUCCAUCUCAAGCUCCAGCUCAAUAUUCAGCGAGUCAUAGUCGAUCUGGAAGUUUCCAAGAUUCUUUAAAUGCAAAUCCAAUACCUCCUAUGAAUUAUAGAUUUGGAGGUACUUCAUCUUUAACUCCUACUCCAGUUUCCACUGCAUCAAAGAGACCAUUAUCACCUGCCAAGAUAGGAGCUCAAGCUGUGGCUAAUUUAUCACAGCCUACUAUUUAUAGAAAUACUCCAUCUUCAAAGAAAACAAGAUCUUCAUCUCUGCAUCAAAGACAUUAUUCAAUGCCUUCUGAACCGUCCUCAUCUAAGAGAACAAUUGAAGCAAUAGAUACUCAAAAUCUACUGCCAAUAAAACAACAACCAUCUGAUCAAAUUUUGCUUCACUCACCUUCAGGAGCCACAUCAACCAUUCAAGUUAAACCAACGCCUGCCCAACCCCUUCAUAAGCAAAGCAAGUCGAAUCAACCGCCUUCUCAAGAAUCAAUGACAUCUUUUCAACAUAUAAUUCAAUUCCAUCAUUGGAAGCCUGAAAGUCCACAAUCUUCUACGGGUGUACCUCCUACAAAUUUGCCACCUUCUACUUCUUUUAAAUCUCAAUCACCAUUACCUUCUAGUUCAGGUGCGCCUAAUCAUAAAAGACAUAAAUCAAAUGCCGAUAAUAUGUCAAUUGAUCUUACUAGCUCCACUGAACUUAAACCUCCGGUUCAAUAUACUCCAACAACAACAACAUCAUCAUCAUCUAUUAUGAAUAGAUCAUAUAAAUCAGAAUCUUCCAAACAUUCAAUAGCAUUAUCAGAGGAUAUAGAAGAAGAGGAGGACAGUGAAGAAAAAGAUCGUACUAAACAGGAUGAAGGUGAUAUGUCAAUUGAUUCAAGUGCAGAUAUAUCUGUAACUAAAAUAGUACCUAGAGGUAAUGGUGAAACAGAUUCAAUGGCAAAUCCUCCCAAAUUACCAGGUCACGAAAGACAACAACUGAACAUAGGUAGGUAUCCCCAUGAUAUACUAUCGCCAUCCAACAAAUAG